AUGAACACGAUCGCGACCCGACGACAGCUGCCGCUGCUGCUCCUCCGCACGCCGCCGCCGCCGCAAUGGCAUAGGCAGCCGGCUCGUUUUCAAUGGGUCAGCGCCCGCCCUCUCGAAUUCGAGGGACGCGGAGAGGACCGUAAGGACAGCAAGAAGAAGGAAGCGCAGUCCUCGAUUUUCCAAGAGAUGUUCCCUGAAGAGGGCGACAACAACGCUCCAUACCGACAGCGCGAGGAGGAGGACGAAACCAAAGUCCGCAUCGUCACGUCUACACAUGUGGACAAGUCCGAAGUGACCGAGUGGAGGGCGGCGAUGGCUGCCAGGGAGGAGAGGAGAAGGAAAUACCUGGAGGCCAGGAGCGCGGCACUGUCCUCGAUACCGGACCUGCUCGUGCCGAAGGAGAAGGUAAAGAAGGGCAAGAGGAACAAAAAGGGCAGGACAAAAUCAAAGAGCAAGACGGAGGACAAGCCGGAGAGCAAACCGGAGGACACGCCGCAGAACAUGCAAUGGGGCCUUGGAAGUUCGGUGAUACCCUCACGCAAAUCAGCACCAAAGACGGAGGAGGAGCAGGCCGAGGCACCCAAGCCAGCACGCAAGUCCCCGUCUCUAUACAAGGAGCUCUUCAAGGACGACGCCUCUCCCAAGCCGACCGACCCGGCCGAGGAUAGACACGUGAACCACGGCGACCUCCAGGCCUGGAUUGACUCCCUCCCGAGAGGCGACAGCGGACCGGCAGACAAGGAGCAGUCCUCGCUGCUCAUCCUCUCCAACGCAAGCACGAACCUCAGCGAGAGCGACUUCUACCGCGUCGGGCCGCAGGGCCAGCACCUCGACGGCUGGGGCGUCUCCAUCAGCAAGGUCAUGCAGGCCUACGACCACAACACGCUCCAGCCGCUGGGCCGCUAUUUCAUCCUCUUCGCCUCCCACCACGCCGCGGCGCUGUACCAGAGUGAGGCCCAGCGCCGGCACAACGCCGCCCGUUUGCGUCUGCAGUCCGCCGCCGCGCCCCUCGCGGCCGCUCCCGAGCCGGGCGACCCCGACAUCUUCACCCUCGCGGCCCCGUCCAACGCGCCGCUGAGCCUGCACCUCUACAAACUCAACAAGGCGGCCGAGAAGCGCCUGGAUUCCUUCAGCGUGCAGGGCCUGCUGAGCAUGACCCCCGACCCGCCCCCGCGCGCCUGUUCCCCCGUCGUCCUGUCCCUCGAGGGCGGCACGCUCGACCAGCGCUCGCUGUCGCACUGGAUUAGGCGGGAUGCGCGGGAUAGGGGCCUGGGCUGGCCGGUGCAGCACAUACGUCCGUACUUCCCGCCCAGGAUACACCAAAGGGGCCCGCUGGAGGAGCCGACCGAGGACGACUACCACUGGGACGAGGACUCGGCACCCAAGAUCGUCGACCCCGAGGCGGUGGCCCGGAAGACCAUGGACGAGACGGCCAGGUCGGCGCUGUUCGUCCUGUCGUUCCCGGACGCCCACGAGGCACGGCGGUUCGUCCGGGCGUGGCACCACAAGGAGCUCGUCCGGUUGCGGGGCGAGAGCGUGACGGUGAGAACCCACUUUGUGUGGUAG